UUGACAUAUGUCCAGUUUAGUGUUCAGAAGACGAACAGCGGUGAUGUUAAACUUCAACCGACACUCCCACGGGGGAAAUAGCAGCUCAAGCAGGGUGAGGCUCAGCUAGCUGGGAGGGGACGACUCUGGACAGGCUGUGGUACCUGGAAACUUCAGUAACGGUGAAAGAAGCAACCACUUUAAUUUAAUAGCCACGUUUCUCACACUUGUCCCGCUGAGAGGUGAUGCUGGGGGUGGCAGGAAUGACGGGCAGCAUUGCCAAUGCUCUGGCCAGUGCAGCCUGUGAGCGAUGCAAGAGCGGCUUUGCUGCGACCGAGAAGAUUGUCAAUAGUAACGGAGAACUGUACCACGAGCAGUGCUUCGUGUGUGCCCAGUGUUUCCAGCAGUUUCCAGAGGGACUCUUCUAUGAGUUUGAAGGAAGAAAAUAUUGUGAACAUGACUUCCAGAUGCUCUUUGCUCCUUGCUGUCACCAGUGUGGGGAGUUCAUCAUCGGUCGUGUCAUUAAGGCCAUGAACAAUAGUUGGCACCCUGACUGCUUCUGCUGUGACAUUUGCCAGGCUGUGCUUGCAGAUGUGGGGUUUGUCAAAAACGCUGGCAGACACCUUUGUCGCCCGUGCCAUAACCGUGAGAAAGCCCGCGGCCUGGGCAAGUAUAUCUGCCAGAAAUGCCAUGCCAUAAUUGAGGAGCAGCCACUGAUCUUUAAGAACGACCCCUAUCACCCUGACCACUUCAACUGCAGCAACUGUGGGAAAGAACUGACGGCCGACGCCAGAGAACUGAAGGGAGAGCUCUACUGUUUGCCCUGUCACGACAAGAUGGGUGUGCCAAUCUGUGGUGCCUGCAGGAGACCUAUCGAAGGGCGUGUUGUCAAUGCCAUGGGCAAGCAGUGGCAUGUGGAGCAUUUUGUGUGUGCCAAGUGUGAGAAGCCUUUCCUCGGUCAUCGCCAUUAUGAGAGGAAGGGGUUGGCUUACUGUGAGACUCAUUAUAACCAGCUCUUUGGUGAUGUGUGCUAUCACUGCAACCGUGUGAUUGAAGGCGAUGUUGUGUCUGCUCUGAACAAGGCCUGGUGUGUCACUUGUUUCUCGUGCUCCACCUGCAACACAAAACUCACUCUCAAGAACAAGUUUGUUGAGUUUGACAUGAAGCCUGUUUGUAAAAAGUGUUAUGAGAAGUUUCCUCUCGAGCUCAAGAAAAGACUCAAGAAGCUGGCAGAGGCUUUGGGACGUAAGUGAGCUGCUCCAGGCCAAACAACCUGGAAGAAUUCCUGUUAUGUCUGUAAUUAUGAAAUAUCCAGGGAACUGCUGCAUUACGACAUAAGAGCCAGGCGUUAUACCACUGCUAAAAUAUUAAAAAUGUAAGUCUGGGAUCCCUUUAAAACAGAUAUAAAUAUUUACCACUGUGGUCUUGUCAUAAACAAAAACUGUUGGCAGAUUUUUUUCUUCUUGCUGUUGUUUUUAAUAUGCUAAUGUUUUUUUUUUUAAUACAUUCCUAAAAUUGCCCUAAUUUGUUUCCUCUUCAAUGCAAGACACGUAAUAUUCCAGUUUAUUCUGCUUUUACCACGAGGGUAAUAGUUAACCGUACUGUGUGAAACUUGAAUUUGAAAAGAUUAUUUUUAAUUACACCUGUGCCUUGACAAUAUGAACUAUGUGUAUUAAAAUAAUACAGUUAUGCCUUAGUUUAUCUAUCUUAACACAGAGUAGCUACUGAAAGCAGAAUUUUAUUAGACUUUUCACCUUGAGCUUUCAUACCUCAGUGUGAGUGACUAUGAAACAACCACUGUGUUCUUAAGGGUAUUGUAACGGUGCGUCUUUCUGCGAACAGGAGAAAAAAAAAUCACAUUUCUCUAGGAAAACUUCAAAUGAGCCAUUAUUGGGAGCAUCCACAAACUGCUAUGUGUUAAACUAUACUUCAAUGUACGAAUAUGUAUGUUUAAAGUCUUUCUAAUUUAAUUUCUGGUGCCUACUCAUCAGCCUUAUUGACGUUAAGUUUCACAGAAUUACUGCAUGACUACAGCUGGGCCACUGAUUUGGCAGGAAGUGUGACAUUAGAGACGGUACUGUUUAAAUGAUUGUAAAAUCCCGGUCUUAUCUUUUGGUGUAAAGAUGUCUGCUAUGCUUUCUGUGUAUAUGGUACUGUAAUAUUACUGCUUGUACUGUAAAUGCCCGAGGUUUGUUAGUCUGAUAUUUUUAACCAAAUUAACGUUUGCAACUUUCUGAGAAAAAACAAAACAUUUUAACAAGAACUCAGAACAUUGAGCAGAUUAUUUAACAGGAAGUCACUUUGUUGUUAAAAUAUCGCUACUGAGUCAGUGCAUUGCUUGGGUUAUUUGUAAACUGAAUGUGUUUAGAGGAAAAAUGGCAGACACAAGAAAAUAUAUAAAUUUGUUUUGAUGAGCAUUUUAUUAUUUGAUGAGCAUAUGCAUUUAUUUUGUCAGCGUUUACAUUUUGUUAAAAAUUGCAUGAAAUAGUCAACAGUUUCCUGCAGCACAUACACUGUUUAUUUCCCUGCCUGACUGAUCAAUAAAGUAUUCCUGAAUGUGAGUAAACGCA